CCAUUUUGCAUUUUAUUAUUCUAUUUAUCAGUUAGUUUUUAAUUUUCUUCGCUUUCAAGCAGAUAUUCAGAUAGCUGGCUAAUCCACAGCAAUGUCGCAUGCAGUGGUGAACGAGGAAACGCUGGAGGCUAUGGUCUACGAGCGUUCUAAGGUCUGGUCCAGCCUCAUAAAGAAUGUAUCAACUUUUGACGAUGGACUUGAUAUGUUAGUAUCGGAUUUUGAUGACAUAUUUCAAGGCGAAGACGAGAACUCGGAGCUGAAAUUCGAGGGGGAGGAAGCCGAGGAAGAAAAUGUGCCUGAAGCGAAGCUAGAACAGGGACACAUCAAUGCCACCAGCAUUGCAGAACUGACGGUGAUCUUGUGCCCGGGUGAGGAUAAUGCGGGAAAGGCCGAGAUAGAAGAAAUUCUUAACCAAACGAUGCCGGUCGUCGAAAAGCAUAAGCGCAAGUGGCGGGAGGCGGGUUUGGAACGCGUUUUAAACACCUUCGAUGAGAAGCAGAUCGAACGCCAUGUGGGCGGCUGGAUGCGGCGCCACAACGGCGUCUACCUAGAGACCACACCGCCGAAAUACCUGCAUCCUCAAGACCAUUCCAUUUCGGACUAUAGCGACGAGUCGCUACAUUCAAUUGAUACAGCCCGCUACAUCCAGCAGAGCCGUCAGCGCAACACCCACAUGAAUAACAAGAGCUCUAACAUGACAACAAUUAAGAUGUACCGAAAGCACUCCCACAAACGAGACGAGCUGAGGGCCAAAUAUGCCUACGAUGACGAACAGGAGCACCGCCACCACAUGCAGGCGCUGCUGCAUCGACGGCGGGAGAAGGAGCGAAAAUUGGCCUACCUCGCCUCCUCACCGAUGCGCUGCAUCCACUCUAGCAGUCAUCACGUUAGACGCAAGCAACUUCGAAAACGGCGCGCCAACUCGUGGAUGUUUGAUUCAGCGUCUAGCAGUGAGGACGAUCCAUCGCUCAGUGGUUGCGACUGUCAUACCUGCCGAAGACACGCCCUGUCCAAGAGUGCCUAUCAAUGCUGCUCACAUGGUUCGGAUCAACGCGAUUAUCACCAGGCGGCUUCGAUGUCCAUGCAUACCAUGCGACGACAUCAUAAUUGCGAUAUGCAGAUGAACCGGCGUCCAAAGUUGUCUGAGAGUGAUUGCAGCUGCUGUAACAGUGACCGCUUUUGCCCCAAUAUCGUCCAGGUUGCCAACAGCUCCACCGAGCAAUGGCUAGUGCAGAACCGAAGCAGUAGGAAGCAUAAGCAGCAGCUGAUGGCUGUUAUAAAAAAUAGCCCGGAACCUGUUCGAUAUAAGUGCCAUGACCACAGAUUGCCGAAAAGGAAAGCUGCCUCUGCUUCUAAAUUGGUUAAGUCUAAACCUAAAUACGAGAAAAUAUCCGGCAGUGAAAGCUCCGAUGAAGAUAACGCCUUCGCGAAAAGGGCACUGUUUAGCAGUUCUCAGCGAAAAAGAGGAAAUUCAGUACCAACUCCGAGGGUGUCAGGUAAGACAACAACGGCUAGGAAAGUAGUUCGCACAAAGGGCUUGCCACAAAUCUUAGAAGAGGGCCCUCGAGCAAUUGAUAUGCUCAAAAUAUAUCCCUCUGGGAGAAACAAGGAUCUGCAUACUCCGAAAGGUGAAUCUUCUACUGAAAGCGAAGAUGGGUUCAUAAGCAGGAGUGGUUUAUUGAGUUUCGUUGAAAAAAAUCAAAAAACUAAAGAAAUUUCAACAGACGUAAGGGCAACAGAAAAAGCUAUUCCAAAAGAGGACACUUUGGCGCAAUUCCACUUGCCACCAAUCAACGAAAAUGUUGCGACAAAAAAAACUCUAGUUGAGAAGAAAAAUGGCUUGAUUAACCCAAAAACAAGUCAUCCCCCUGUCGAAAACAAAUCGGCCUUUGACAUUGAAGCUAAGUCAAACUACUCGAUUCAAAUUCCGGAAAUGGAAGAAAAAGAAUCUGCGUCUAUUUUAAAAAGAGCGACUAAAAUCGUUAAGCCCAUACGGGGGGUAAAGGAAACAAUAACGAAUCCCAUGAUCAAAGAGAAUAUCCAGUCCCUGGAAGGCAACAAUUUAGCUGAAAAUGACAAAAGGUGUGCCAAAAAACAUAUACGUGUCGAAAGUGAAUCAUCCGAUAAGAGCAAAGAAGAAAACGAUGAAAGAAAACGCAUUGCGAGUUCCUCCUUAGACAAAACCAAAUCAAAAUGUUCUACUGCUAGGAAAGGUGUUAAACCAACUUUGAUUAAUUCCAGUUCUUCCCAAGUUCACAAAGUUAUUACGAAUACUGAAGUCCCGGAAGAAAAUAGCCCUAUCUUAACUUUCGAUUCCUCUGCAAGCUCAGCAUCAAGUGUAAAAACAGUUGCCUCGGUGGAAAGGCGAAGGAAGAUCUCAGGAAAGGCAAAGACAAUCGAUAAACCACCUGAAACUGAAAAGAGUUCCGGUACUCCGAUAGUAAAAAAUUCAAAAAAGAAAGAAACCUCCAUUGAAGCUCCAAGUUUGCCGGAAAUCAGGGAAGAGGAUUCUAGCCAAUCACCCGAUUCCCAGGAAAAACCUGAACCGAAUCCGUCUAUUAAGGUUCCAAAGAAAAAACAUCCCGGAAGACCAAAGAAGAUUUCCCCGAGAGUUGACGAGGUUCCCGAAUUAGACGAAGAUUUCCAACAAGCUGUGGCCUUGUCGUUAGCUACCUUUAAGGAAGAUCAACAGAAGCGCCGGAAAACAAAAAAACAAGGAUCUAAAGAGCAAAUCCAAUCUCCUGUCGAGCAAUCAACGGUGGUAUUUAACAACCAAAGUGUGACAUGCAACUCUACAGCUGUGGCAAACGAUACGGCCAGCAGCCGCGUGUUGGCCAAGAAGCUAGCGGUGAAAAGGGUUGCCGUCGUCAGCACUACAGAGGAUCAGACAGCGACGAAUAGCUCCAGUUCCCCUGAAACAGCUAGACCCAUGGCCGGCGAUCUUGACUGCACGGUGGUAACGUCAACCACCUGCUGCGAAGCACCUGCAAGUGAUCCGAUGCCACCACCUCCCAAGCUAACCAAGCGCGGCAUCCUUUUGCACAGCUCCUCGGAUCAAGGGGCAGGCAACUUCACACUGACUGAGCAGGGCCUCGGAAAGUUCAUUGGUGACCGUUUGGCCCGAAAAUAUCUUAAAUAUCACAUCGGCAGUCGCAGCUUUGAUAGCCGUCAUUCGGUUUACUACCAGCCCACACCAGAGUUGGCUGCCGCUUUGAGUUCUCCGAUCGAUGCGCAGAGCCUCGCCAACAUCUCGACCUCCAGUGCCAGCGAUGAUGACAUUUUCGACCAAGUCAAUCGAUAUGGUACAAUUUAUAGCGUUCUCGGCAAGAAAUCUGAUUAGGUAAAAUCGUUUCUAUAGUGACCUACUUUUAAAUAUAAAGUUAAUUUUUCCUGCGGUGUUAAACACAUUCUUGCUAAAGGAAAGUUAUUAUAAAACAUAAUUGUAAAGUUUAUUUUUUGAGUUUUGAUUUAUUUCACGUAAAUUACAUGAUCAAUAGUGAUAAUAGAAAACAUAAUACGUCAUAAUCAUUAUAAUCAUCAUAAAUUUUCGCUUAAGUAUUAAAUAAUUGUUUAAGAGAUUUAUUCGCAUUGCAAUAGUAAUUCUUGUGUGUCGAAGUUGUGCUUAAGUUUGUUUCCAUGAAGUUUAUCAAAAUUCA